AUGGCCACGUCUUUCUACAACUUACUAAGUUCAUCUCUCUUGUUCUUCUUCCUUCUUUUUCUGUUUGUUCCUUCUGCUAAUUCAGUUUCCUUUAAACUAACUCGAUUUGACUCCGAAAACACCUACAUUUUCUAUGAAGGAGAUGCCAAAGCUUCUGUUGGAGCAGUAGAAUUUAAUAGCUUGAGUUAUCUAUGUCGUGUGGGUCGAGCCGCCUAUGCAGAGAAUGUGCGGCUGUGGGACUCUCACUCUAAUGAACUCUCUGAUUUUACUUCACAUUUCUCCUUCAGCAUUGACACUAAAGGUAGCGAGUUUUAUGGAGCUGGCUUUGCUUUUUACCUUGCACCUGUUGGCUUUCAAAUUCCGCCGAAUUCUGCAGGUGGGUUCUUAGGCCUAUUUAACACCACAACUAGUGACUCAUCUCACAACCAAAUAGUAUUAGUUGAGUUUGACUCUUUCGCUAAUCCUGAGUGGGAUCCUCCAGUUCCACACGUGGGGAUCAACACCAACUCAAUUUCCUCAGCAGUCUACACCCCGUGGAAUGCUAGUAUCCACAGUGAUGAUACUGCUGAUGUACGGAUUACUUACAAUGCCACUACUAAGAACAUGAGUGUGUCAUGGACAUACUGGAAGACCAAUGGUUCACUCGAAAAUUCGACUCUUUCAUAUCAAAUUGAUUUAAUGAAGGUUCUGCCGGAGUGGGUUAGUGUUGGUUUUUCAGCUGCUACAGGUAUGUAUGUAGAGCGACAUCAACUUUUCUCUUGGGAGUUCUAUUCAAGUUUGGACACAGAGGAAUCAAAUGAAAAGAAAUCGGAGAUGAUAAAAUUGGAAGUGAGUAUAGCAGUUUUAGUUGGUGUUCUGAUAGCUGGAGCUGUUUUAACAUUCUGCAUUUGGUGGCGGCGGAAAUAUAUUCAGAAGGAAGAAGAGGAAAUUAAUUUGGCGUCGAUGAAUGAUGAUCUCGAAAGAGGAGCAGGACCAAAAAGAUUUUCUUAUAAAGAUCUGCGUUCAGCGACCAAGAACUUCUCUAAGGAUAGAAAGUUGGGUGAAGGAGGGUUUGGUGCUGUUUAUAAAGGCUACAUAAUUGAUUUAGACAUGCCAGUUGCUGUCAAGAAAAUUUCAAGCGGUUCUAAACAGGGAAGAAAGGAGUACAUAACUGAGGUGAAGAUUAUUAGCCGAUUGAGGCAUCGGAAUUUGGUGCAACUCAUCGGUUGGUGCCAUGAUAGAGGUGAGUUCUUGCUUGUGUAUGAGUUCUUGACAAAUGGGAGCUUGGACUCGCACCUUUUCGGAAAAAAGAGUCCUCUUACAUGGGCUGUUCGGUACAAGAUGGCUUUCGGAUUGGCUUCUGUAGUACUCUAUCUUCAUGAAGAGUGGGAGCAAUGCGUGGUGCACAGGGAUAUUAAAUCAAGCAAUGUAAUGCUAGAUUCUAGUUUUAAUGUCAAGCUUGGUGAUUUCGGACUAGCCAGGCUGAUGGAUCACGAGCUAGGUCCCCAAACUGCUACCGGUUUGGCUGGAACUUUAGGCUACAUGGCUCCCGAAUAUAUAAGCACUGGUAGAUCUAGCAAGGAGUCUGAUGUGUAUAGCUUUGGAGUUGUUGCUUUAGAGAUUGCUACUGGCAGAAAGGCUAUUGAUCCCCUUGAACAAAAAUCUCAGACAACUUUGGUUCAGUGGAUAUGGGAACUUUACGGGGAGGGGGAUUUUCUUUCGGCUGUUGAUGAGAGACUGCAUACUUUUGAUGAGACGCAAGCUGAGUGUUUGAUGAUUGUUGGGCUAUGGUGUGCCCACCCUGAUAGCAGUUUGAGGCCUACAAUCAGAAAAGCAAUUCAAGUUCUUAAUUUUGAAGCGCCGCUGCCAAAUCUUCCUGAGAAAAUGCCUGUUCCUGUGUACCAGAUACCUACAACAUCAUUUGCUUCCACUGAACCAUCCAUCACUGUUUCAAGCCUUGAUACGGGUCGUUGA